GUCCCUCAACUGACACAGGGUAUAAAGGUCCUUCAAAAAUGCAUUCUUUUAAAUACAAUUCAAGCCUCUGUCCUGAACAUCUGAACAUCAGCUGCCACAAUGAACUAUUUGCAUCUGGUCGUGCUGCUGUGCAGCCUCCUGCCUCUGUGUAAUGCUUACUGCUAUGGGGUGGAAGUCAAAGAAGGUGCGACACAUUGUCAGGACGAGACGGAUAAGACAUGGCAUCCAGUGGGAUCUUCAUGGAGAAACAGUGACUGCAUGGACUGUAGUUGUGGUAGAUGUUGUACUAGCUAUGCCAUCCCCAAGCAGUUCCCCGCCGACUGCGAGUCAGUGUUUGACCCACAGGCGUGUGUUUACAGAGUGCAAAAGAUUAACAAUCCAGCCAUAGAAUGCCCAAUUUUUAGUGCUGUGGGCAAGUGAUGCAGUUAGUAAACUCUGAGUGAGCUCAAGGAGCAGAGUCUUUGGUUUUUUUGGGGAGGGGAGGAGGAGCCGAGGAGGGGUUGGAUCAAACCCAAAACUGAAAGCAUAGCUGCCUGACACAAUAAAAUUGCAAUACUUAAUAAAAAAGUUGCACAGCU